AUGAGGUGGACGGCGUUCGCGUGGGAGAGCGCGUCCCGGGCCUUCAACAACCGCCCCACCUUCACCGGCCUCGUCGUCGUCCUCGCCGCAAGUAGUGGAGGAGGCCUCGUCGCAUAUGCAGACUCUCAGCCAGACCAGCCCCAAGGAUUUAAAAAGAAGAAAAUAGUGGUUCUUGGAACUGGCUGGGCUGGCACCACAUUCCUGAGGAAUCUUGAUAGCAAACUGUACGAUGUCCAGGUCAUUUCACCUCGGAACUACUUUGCAUUCACACCCUUGCUCCCAAGUGUUACCUGUGGAACAGUUGAACCAAGGAGCGUUGUUGAGCCAAUCCGUAGGAUUCUGGAGAAGAAAGGUGGAGACUUCAAAUUCUGGGAAGCAGAGUGCUUCAAGAUUGAUCCAGCAAACAAGAAGAUUCAUUGCCGCUCAAAUAUGGGGACAAAUCUUGAUGGAAAUGGCGAGUUCUUAGUUGACUAUGACUAUCUGGUGGUAGCUGUUGGAGCUAGGUCUAACACAUUCAAUACUCCCGGUGUGACAGAGAAUUGCCACUUUUUGAAGGAAGUGGAAGAUGCCCAAAAGAUCCGAAGGAGUGUGAUGGACUGCUUUGAGAAGGCAAGCCUCCCAUACCUUAAUGAAGAAGAGAGGAAGAAGAAUCUUCACUUUGUUGUUGUGGGAGGUGGACCUACAGGCGUUGAAUUUGCGGCAGAGUUGCAUGAUUUUGUUACUGAAGAUCUAUCCAAGCUCUAUCCUUCUAUUCAGCAUCUUGUCAAGAUAUCACUGAUCGAAGCUGCAGAUCACAUACUGACUAUGUUCGACAAAAGAAUUACCAACUUUGCUGAGGACAAAUUUGGAAGGGAUGGCAUUGAUGUAAAAACUGGAUAUAAAGUUGUGAAGGUUUCUAAGGAUGCAAUUACCAUGCAAAAUCCAGCUACUGGCGAUAUUGCAGUUCCUUACGGAAUGGCUGUCUGGUCCACUGGUAUUGGGACCCGCCCAUUCGUUGUGGACUUCAUGAAACAAAUUGGCCAGGCUAAUCGUCGUGUCCUCGCUACUGAUGAAUGGCUAAGGGUGCGUGAAUGUGAUGAUGUUUAUGCAGUAGGUGACUGUGCUACCAUAAACCAGAGGAGAGUAAUGGAGGACAUCUCAGAAAUAUUCAGAGUUGCAGACAAAGAUAAAUCUGGAACCUUGACUGUGAAAGAAAUCCAAGACAUCCUGGAGGAUAUCUACGUGAGAUAUCCGCAAGUAAAGCUAUACAUGAAGAGCAAGCAACUGAACGGAAUUGCAGAUUUAAUAAGAACUGGCAAAGGUGACACCGAAAAGGAAUCUGUAGAGCUGAGCAUUGAAGAGUUUAAGAAGGCUCUUUCACUCGUGGAUUCACAAGUCAAGAAUCUACCUGCAACAGCUCAGGUUGCUGCACAGCAAGGACAGUAUCUUGCGACGUGCUUUAACAAGAUGCAGGCUGCUGAAGAAAAUCCUGAAGGACCAAUCCGCAUUAGGGGAGAAGGCCGUCAUCGUUUCAACCCCUUCAGGUACAGGCAUUUAGGCCAGUUUGCCCCACUAGGAGGGGAGCAAACCGCUGCACAGCUCCCUGGUGACUGGGUCUCCAUCGGUCACAGCUCACAGUGGCUCUGGUAUUCCGUCUACGCAACCAAACAAAUAAGCUGGCGCACGAGGGCACUGGUGAUAUCUGACUGGGGCCGUCGCUUCAUCUUCGGUAGAGACUCGAGCGGCAUAUAG